AUGACAGAAACAACGAUUAGGAUAUACGAUCCUGACCCAGGGCCUCGCUACAAGCUGCUACCUGGUGGCAUCCCUCCGCAGAUCGACCCACCUCUAGAUAUUCCUGAUGCACUUCCUAGGAUGACGCCCCCCAAUUUCCAAGAACGGUAUGAGAGAACACCAAUCUACGACGACUUAACGACCAAUGUCCCGGAUAUUGCUAUGUCUUUCUCAGACUAUAGAUUUGCGUAUGGACCCUUUGCACCUCACUGGAUACCAAGGCAAUACAUAGCAGACUACUUUUCGCUACACCAAACAGACAGGUUUCUUGUGUUGAACACCACGGUGGAAGAUUUGUCUAGAACACCAGGGAAGGAGGGGUGGAACCUCACACUUCGACGAAGAGAUUCAGUCCGGCACGUGGAUGUCUGGUGGGAAGAAAGGUUCGACGCUGUGAUCAUCGCAAAUGGCCACUAUUCCAUACCAUACGUCCCCAAAGUCGAUGGUCUCGACUCAUACAUCCGUCUCUUCCCAGAACGGGUGGUUCACUCCAAAUCAUUCCGCAAUCCACAGGUAUAUCGCGGCAAACGGGUGCUGGUCAUCGGCAACUCUGCAUCUGGCCACGACAUCACGGCGGCGCUGGUCACUUCUGCGCGGCUUCCCGUCUAUCAGUCUCGUAGGUCACCUUCGCGCUGGGAUGGGAAAAAGCCACCUCCAGGCAUUGAAUGGAAACCUGUUGUGAAGGAGUACCUCGCGAGUGGCGACAUCGUGUUUGAGGAUGGCUCCGUCCUCGGCGACAUUGACGUCGUCUUCUACUGCACAGGCUACAAAGCAUCAUUUCCAUUCUGGAACGUCCGCGCCAAUGGUGGGCCGCUGUGGGAUUACAAGGAAAACCGACUGAUCGGCAGCUACUGGCAUACAUUCCACCGUGACUUUCCAACGUCGCUAGGCAUUGUCGGAGUUCCGCGUGUCCUCACCUUCCGCUCGUUUGAGUACCAGGCAAUCGCCCUGGCACGCCUGUUUGCGGGUAGAAACGCCCAACCUCUCCCGCCGCGCGAGGCACAGGAACGAUGGGAGCAAGAGAGGUGGAGACUUGUGAGCAGGGAGGGAAGAAGGUUUCACGACAUUCCCUGGGACAACGGGGAGACGAUGGACUGGCUUCGAGGUCUGUUUGAUUUGGCUGGUCUACCCUUAAUCGAGGACCGCGGGAGGUGUCCGCCCGUGCUGGGGGAUGAGACGAGAUGGGCCAUUGAGCAUCUGAAGAAGUAUCCUGAGCCUGGCAACGAGAGUCUCGAGGAGGAAGGGGAUUGGGCCAUAGUCGCUGGUGGCGAAAGCCGGGACAGUCUAUACUUUAUCUAA